AUGAGCUCUGAACCACCUCAGGGCCCCGGCGCGCAGGACGAAAACCCAUACUUCGACCCUCGCAUCACACAUCCCACCUCGGAUCUGGCCCCCUCCAGGAGCGCUCCUCAGUCCCACCACCAGCCACAGCCCCAGCCCCAUCAUGCUGCAGGGCUUUCUACCGAACCCAGCACGCCGGCGCGUGAACGCCCUCCCCCUCUCAGAAGACCGCCAACUUCCUCCAACCGUCGCGGUGCGGUAGUCCGCCAGCAGUCCUCUAUCGGUCUCAGGAGACUGCGCGCCCCGACGCUGCCUACCGGCACCGCUCCUGCUGCGACGGACUGGCAGCAGAAUCGUGGAGAGCCACAAGCAGAUGAUGGUCACAACGACAACUCCCAGGGGGGCACCGGUGGCCGGAGACGCUCCAGCUCCGACCCGCAGCGCCCAACGUGGCUCACCGAUCCGUCCCGAAAUGGCCAGGGCCACAGUGGCGUGCGACACUUGCCCUCCGUCCCUGAACUGAAUCACCAGCAGCAGAAUGAACCCCCUCAGACAGAACAAGAAGCCGAGUACGACACCAGGAUUGUCGAUCUGCUGGAUGUCCUCGACCCCGAGGUGUCCACAUUGACUUCCAUCACCAACGUCCAGAACUCGCUGUUUAUCCCCUCGCUGGGGCGAUGGGUCAACAGACGGCCAACCUACGAUGUCUCUGGGAUGCGUGGCCCCGCCGGCGGGAAAUCACGAGAGGACCUCUCGGAACAGCAGACGGCUGCUGUCCAAGCAGACCAAGCGGACCAACGCUCCGAGUCGGGUCGCGCUUACAGUAUCUCCUCCAACCUCGACGACACCCACUAUGCUGUCCUCCCACAUGGAGAGUCCUUGGAGGGAUGGAGCCAGGAUGAAGUUGAGAUGCUGAACGAUCAUGUCAGACACAUGCUGCAUUCACGGCGGUCCAAGUUCAAACGUGGCCUCAAGGGCUUUGGUAGAUACGUCAGUCGGCCUCUCGGCUUUUUCGUCACGCUCUACGCCACACUCAUCACCCUAUUUGGGCUUGCAUGGGUGCUCUUCCUCAUCGGAUGGAUUUCAAUUGGAUCCAAACAGCUCUACGUGAUCAACAUUAUUGACUACAUCCUUGUCGCCCUCUUUGCGAUCAUGGGCGAUGGACUCGCCCCGUUCCGUGCGGUCGAUACCUAUCACAUGAUUUACAUCGCACAUUACCACCGUAUGAGCUUGAAACUACGAAAGAAGCUGCUGCUUCCGAAGCUCCGCGACCCCAAUGACUUGCCUACCGAGCCGGUGAUCCCGGACGUCGAAGCAGCGGCCGCAAACAAUGAUCUACCGGAUAUGGAGCCUGGCGACGAUUUCGCAGUUCUCUCGCCAAAACAACAGGAGACGCUAGUUCACCACCAGACCAAGUACGCCAAGUCGCACACAUUCUAUAAACCACACGAGACAGAAACCCACUUCGCAUUCCCACUCGACCUCAUGAUCACCAUUACGGCACUCCUCGACCUCCACAGCUGCCUGCAGAUCUCACUAGGAGCCUGCACCUGGGGCAUCGAUUACAGGAAGCGCCCGUUCGCGCUGACGACAGUCAUCCUGUGCUGCUCCAUCACGGUCAACGCGACAGCGGGCCUGCUCAUCUGGAUAGGCGACCGGCGGACGCGGAAGAAGGACGUCAUCGAGCGGAUGACAAGACAGGAGAUGACCGAGGAGGCCAUGCACGAGGUGCAGAAGAAGAAGAAGAAAGAGAUAGAGAAGGCCGCAAGGUCGUCGAGUGAGGAGAAGGUCAACGGCGACGGCGGGUGGAGGGAAAGCCUUACCCUCCCGAGGCUGAGCCUUGACAAGUUCGGGAACUCGCAAAAGAAGGGCGAGAGCUCCGCGGCCCGGGAGAAGGACCAGACUCCCGAGGUCGAGGGGGCAGGAUCUAAUACGCAUGCUUAG